GGAACUGCAACGAUAAUGACUAGGGAGAGGCAGAGAGAAUGCUAUAAAUUCAAGAUCUCAACAACUCAUGUUACACAUGCUUCUUUUGGUUCCUCGCUCAAGCCGCCUCUGCUUCUUCAAAAACCAGAUCUUGCCGGAAUCUUCAUGGAUUCACUUGGUGCAGCAUACACUCACUUUGGGUUUAAUCUCUUCCAAAAACUGAAUAAAAUAAAUGAUGGCAACAUCUUCUUUUCCCCUGUGGGCAUUUCUGCUGCCAUUGGCAUGCUCAUCCCAGGGGCCCGAGAAGCCACCGCCAUGCAGUUGCAGAGGAUGCUUUUCUCUGAAAAAGACACAGGGAGCUCAAGGAACAAAACCGAAGAAAGAGAGAUUGACAAGACAGAAGAGAUACAUCACCAAUUUCAAGAGUUUUUGAAUGAGAUAGGCAAACCCACUAAUGAUUAUGAACUAAAAAUAGCCAAUAGGCUCUUUGGAGAAAAGACAUACCUCUUCCUUCAAAAAUACUUAGAUUAUGUGGAAAAAUAUUACGAUGCUUCUCUGGAACCUGUUGAUUUUGUAAAUGCAGCAGAUGAAAGUCGAAAGAAGAUUAAUUCCUGGGUUGAAAGUCAAACAAAUGAAAAAAUCAAGGACCUGUUUCCAGAUGAUUCUCUAAACAGCCUCACCAAGCUGGUGCUGGUGAACAUAGUUUAUUUUAAAGGGCAGUGGGACAGGGAGUUUAAGAAAGAAAACACCAAGGAGGAGGAAUUUUGGCUGAAUAAGAGUACAAGCAAAUCUGUGCCAAUGAUGACACAGUGCCAUUCCUUUAGCUUCACCUUCCUGGAGGACUUGCAAGCCAAAAUCCUGGGGAUUCCAUAUAAAAACAAUGAUCUAAGCAUGUUUGUGCUGCUGCCCAAUGACAUAGAUGGUCUGGAGAAGAUUCUAGAUCAAAUAACUCCAGAAAAAUUAGUAGAGUGGACGAACCCAGGGUACAUGGAAGAAAGGAACGUGACCUUGCACCUGCCCCGGUUUGAAGUGGAGGACGGUUACAAUCUGGAGGCCGUGUUGGCAGCCAUGGGGCUGGGGGAUGCCUUCAGUGUGUGUGGAGCUGACUCUCCCGGGGUGCUCUCACACUCCAGGCUGCACGCACAGAAGUUUCUACAUAGGUCCUUUGUGGUGGUAACCGAGGAAGGCACAGAGUCUACAGCAGCCACCAGUGUGGGCUUUGCCCUCAGCUCUGCGCUGAGCUGUGAACACUUUCAUUGCAAUCACCCUUUCCUGUUCUUCAUUAGGCACCAUGAGUCCAACAGCAUCCUCUUCUUUGGUAGAUUUUCUUCUCCUUAGGACUCUCUUUGCUUUGGCAGAAAACCAGCGUUGGAGUUUUGUUUAGACUAUGGAAAUAGCCCAAUCUUAAAAAUAUUGUUUUACUCGCUUGUAUUCUAAUCUCACCAUCAAAAUCAGUGAUUUAAUGACUGUAAUAGGGUGUGUGUGUGUUUGUAAUUCUCUUUGAGAGUGAAAUGUCCUUUAGUUUGUGCCAUGUAUAAAGUGAGUUAAAUCGAGGCUCAUUAGUAAUCUCCUGUUGAUUUCUUCUGAAAGUAAGUCAACUUCUCAUAGCUUUGUGCACUAAUUCGUGAGAAACAGACUCUUCAGUAAAGACUGUGGACUGGUGUUUCUGGGAGUCUCUCUAGUUCUAAUAGUUUGACAUAAUGCACAAAUAAAAUCAAAGAAUAAUUUCCUCAAUUCAUGUGAUAUUUUUUUCUUUCUCAGAAGUGUGGCCAACUGCAGAGAGGAGAAUUUAGAAGCACGUUAGCAAAGCAUAAAUUAAAGCUUAAUGCCAGAACAAAAUAAAACAAUGUGUUAGACAAAGAGGAGUCCCAUAUUUUCACCCUCUCUUCUAAUGGAGUAUUUUACCUGCUGUCAGUUGUGUGAGCAUUUUGAUAUUGUGAAACAAAUGUGAUUUUGAGAAGGUAAAUAUUAGAGCUGAUCAAUAUUUUUACCCUGUAAUUUUUUCAAGUGACAAUAAAUAUUUGGAAUGA